UAAUGUUUCCCUACGAUACCUCGAUCCAUAUAUAGACCCCUAUUGCGAUGAGACGAAAGGACACCUCCGAUACAAACGCGCAGACAAGCCCAACCGAAUACCAAGCACCAGCCAGAAUCACCGCACCCUCAUCUUCAAGACCCUCGAAUUCGAAAUCAACAACAGCAGCCAGAAAAAGGACUCAAACACCGAUCGCAUCGUCGCACCCGAUAUUGAACUCCUCACGGAAACAAAACCCGUUCUCCGGUUCGCUGGGCCGGCAACAGUCUACGCUUACACAGAUAGAUUGGGUGGCAACAAGACGGCACCCGGAUUUGGAGGACGACAACCUCGACGAUGAUCUAUUAGAUUAUAUCGAUGCAGAAGCUAAUGUGCAGCAUUAUGAUACACCAAAUACGAAUACAAACACCAAUAUCAACACCCGCGACGUGAUCGAGAUAUCGGAUGACUCUGGGAACGAUGCCAAUUACCAACCAGCGCCGUCUUCGCGGACACAGCCAGCCCGUGGUGUUCGAUUUGGGCAAGACUUAAUGGCGAAUACGGACGUCUCUAGACGAAGGAGGAGUACACCAAAACCUAGUAGUGCAGAGAAGGGCUCUGGCCGGAGGAAAAGCGGCGGUAGCGUCCGGGAGAGUAAUAAAAAGGACAAGCAGCCGAAGGAACGGGAUAAGACUCUUACGCAGAUGGAUUAUGUACGACGGUAUUUGAAGAUCGAGCCUGAUGAUGAUGUGAAGCUAGAAUAUACAUACUAUAGUCCGAAGAAAGACAGGGAUCCGGAGAGUCGUGAGGCGCAUCGGCGCAGUGCGGCGGAAGCGCUAAAGUCUACAGAGGAACAAAAGGAUGGAGUCAAGAGACGGAGGUUAAUCGACGAGUGUUAUUCGAAAGACAACUUCAAUCCUGGAAGUAUUUUUUCUGGAGGGCAGUUGUCUCGAGGGCUUGUGACGCCGAAGAAGAUGAUUAAAUCUGAGGUACCGUCCUCGCAAUCACCGGAGAGCCCUGGGUUCGCACUUGUUUCGCCUUCGCAGUUCCGUGGGAUAAAUCGCACCCCACUGGGACAGGUAUUACCAGUCGAUCGUCUGGUAAAAGAAGAACAACAUGGUUCUGUGGAGGAAAAGGCUCUGCAUAGUCUAGACCGUGCAUCAUCCCCUUCCGAUCAGGCCUCAUUACCCGGCUUUCCAGCUCCUCCGACAUCUCGAAAUAAUAUCCUAUCUGAUGAUGCAGAUGACCCGAAAACCACGCCUAGAAAUCGUCCGCCCAAUACGCAGAGAACCAUUGUAUAUGAGACCGAUGCUGAGUCGGACUAUGGCGAAACUCAUGACGACCUGUCUGUUCCUCCUUCAUCUCAGAAACCGAAACUAUUUAACGAUGACGACGACCCCAUCGAAGAUAUUCAAGAUUCUCAACGUUAUGAUUCCCAAAAACUUCCCUCGCCUAGCAUUCCUUCCGGGCCCGAUAACGAAACCGGGCCGUCAUAUCCAGACCUGUCAUCCGAUGCAUCGAUCUGUUAUCGACGCCCACACCAUUCUACUCAAUACCCUCUCGAACCCAUUCCUUCUAUGGAUACACAAGCACUGGCCGAGCUCUUCCCACAGGAAAAAGAGAACAGCGCUCAGCAAAUUAUGACAGACACGACUCAAACACAAUCACCACUGGCUAUCCAGCGCCAUCCAUUGCAGACAGAUCACCAAUCAAUUCAAACGCAGACGCAGACGCAAACCCAAUCUGAAACCCAACCUCAAUCGAACUCUCAAGACUUGAAGACUUUGACUGAUAUCGUACCGGAAUCCUCGCCCGUAACACGGCGGGAUUCAAACCCCUCCAUACCACAGGAACCGGUUGUACAGGUUGAGUCUUCACAACCAGCAGACAGGUUUAUUAGGAAUACCAGAAGUGAACAGGACUCUGGCCCGCGGGGAUUCGUUGGAAAUCAACUGCUUUCUUCAAGUGUUUUGGAGAGUAUACCCAUGCCACCAUUAUGGAUGGGCAGUCAGAACAGUGUUGGAGAGCCGUACAGUGAUCCAAGCAACGAAUAAAUACUAGCCUCCAUAGAAUACUAUACAAUAUACAUUAAUAUCCAUAAAUAUAUGAA